AUGUCAUUAAACGGAUCGGAAAUUAUUGUAUCUUCAGGUUCUGAGAUGGGGAGUUCACCAGAGCAAAACAAAUCUGACUCUGCCAGAGAACUAAGCUUAUCACCUUCAAGUUCUAAUUUAAGUAUUGAAAGACAAAAUGAACUUAAAUCAGCCAAAAUAUUUUAUGAAACUCAAUUAGCUAAAGAAACAGCAGCACUUCAAAGACUUAAGGCAACUACAAAGAAUCUGAAAAUUGAAACACUUCCUGAUAAGGGCGCCAAAUUAAGAUCCUCGAUUGAAAAACAGUUAAAAAAAGUUGGUGAACUUAGCAAUCAAUUAUCGCAUCUCUCAAAGAGCAUUCAGUCAGAUGAUGAAGCUAGAUCAUUCGUGGAGGAAGAGAAACCGAAAAAAAAACCAUCUCAUCAUUUACCAUCGAUCAUUGAUCUUACGAAAGAUCAUAUGAACGUAAAUGAAAUGGGCAAACAAGCAUUGGAAACCCAUACCAAACAGCAAAGAGAAACCGUGAAAACCUUAGAGAGAUUGCAUAAAUUUUUGAGGAAAUCAGAUGUGCAAGAACAAACAGAGGAACCCGAGGGUCUGAGGGUGUCGCUGUUACCUCAUCAGCUCAUUGGCCUGGCCUGGCUGGAGAAGAGGGAAAAGGAAAAGCCAGCUGGAGGAAUUUUAGCUGAUGACAUGGGCCUCGGUAAAACUCUCACAUUAAUAUCACUGAUUUUGAAAUCAAAACAGGUGGGAUCAAAUGAAGAUAGUGAAUCUUCUGGUGAUGAAGCGGAUAGCAGAUAUUUGAAGAAGGGUAAUACACUGGUAAUAUGUCCUGCUUCCGUCAUGGACCAAUGGGCUGCAGAAAUAAAAUCAAAAGUUAAGAAUGGCUAUUUGUCUGUUUGUACCCAUCACGGACCGAAAAGAGAAAAGAACCCUCGACGGUUAGCAGCUUUUGAUGUUGUAAUAACUACCUACACCAUCGUACAAAAUGAAAAUAAAGGAGAAGAUAUUGGCCCAUUAUUGAAGAUGAAGUGGGGAAGAGUCAUUCUGGACGAAGCUCACACCAUCCGGAAUCAUAAAUCUAUCACAGCUCAGGCCAUUUUCAUGUUGAAAUCAAGAUACAGGUGGGCUCUGACUGGAACUCCAAUUCACAAUAAACAGGAUGAUUUCUACGCUCUGCUUAAGUUUCUCAAGUGCAAACCAUUUGAUGAUCUGUUGGUUUGGAAGAGGAUGAUCGAUAACAAAGGAGAUUCCGGAAUGAUGAGGUUACAUUUGCUGUCAAAGUCACUGCUUUUGAGGAGGACCAAAGAUGAAAUACAAGAAGCAGGGGGUCUUAAAGACCUCAAGCCAAAGAUAUUUAAAAUAAUUGAAGUCACUUUAGAUGAUGAAGAAUUUAUGGUGUACAAUAAAAUAUUUCGUUUUUCAGGGACCUUGUUGGCUCAGUAUAUUCAACAACAGGCUGAGAAACAAAAUCUUUUAAGUGGUGGAUUAGACAUUCGACGCACAGGUUCAGGGCAAGAAAAUCCUUUUAAAAAUCAGCCAGAGCUUAGGAAACUAUAUGAUGAAAUGGUCUCAUUAAAGGGCGGAAUUAAAACACACCAUAUCCUAGUUCUUUUGCUGAGGCUUCGUCAAACAUGUUGCCAUCCUUCCCUUGUUACGGAAUUUAUAGACAAACAAGAAAUUGGUAAAGAUGGUAUUGAAGACAACGAAGGGAAUGAUUUAGAUCUCGUUGAGCAAAUGAUGAAUCUUUCUAUUAAUGUUAACGGUGAUUCAAAGCAGUCAGGUAUCCUUACAUCAGAUGAUCCUAUUUUCAGGAAAGAUCGAUGCAGUUCUAAGAUGAAAGCCACAAUUGACUGCUUAAUGGAAAUAAUGAAUAAUAGCGAAGACAAAGUGAUCGUUGUUUCACAAUGGACAUCGGUUCUUGAAAUUCUUGAAAGACAACUCAAAGAUCUGGGCAUAAAAUCAGUUGCACUUAAUGGUUCGAUCCCUGUCAAAGAACGAGGAGGCAUUAUUAGUAAUUUUAAUGAUAACAAGAGGGGACCCAAGGUUAUGUUGCUAUCACUGACGGCUGGAGGUACUGGGCUCAAUCUGGUCGGAGCCAACCACUUAAUAGUGUUUGACAUUCAUUGGAAUCCGCAGCUGGAGGCUCAAGCCUGUGAUAGGAUUUACAGAGUCGGGCAAUCAAAAACUGUCAACAUUUACAAGGUUAUGUGUAAAGAUACCAUAGAAGAAAGGAUUUUGAAGUUGCAGAACAAUAAACUGGAGUUGGCGAAAGCAGUUCUUACUGGCACUUCCAAAGUUCAAAGCUCCAAGCUCAGACUCGAUGAUCUCAAGCUUUUAUUUAAUAUUAAGUAG